UUUUUUGCAAAAUAACGCUUGUUGCGUUAACAAUUCACUAGUUUUGAACCAAACCUGACUGGACGUACGAGAUGCUUUUGAAAUUCUUGUGACUGCUAUUUUUUGUGCCAGCUGCCGAAGUCGUGUUUUCUUUCGCUAUCGUUCUUCGCAAUCCGUUCUGAUCUGCAGCACAAGGAAGUGCAGCGACACUGCGUGCAGGAAUGCGGAUCUGAAGAAUGCCUUCCACAUCGCGCAGUGUAUCAGAGGAUGCUUCUGCCCUUGGCCAGUUAAUUCAUGGACAUCCAUAACUGUUCUUUUUACCCAUGCACACUGUGUUUUAACUGAAGGAGCCUGGAAGAGAGUGGAGACGUGUCAUGUGACCAAUGAGGUUAAAGUCCCUUGAUCUCAGUGGAAAAUGUCCAAAGCACAGCAGAGUCCGAUUGGCUGGAGCCUGCCUCACUUGGGUCGGCUUCAUCAGCUCCUCCUAUCACUGUGCUGCCUCUGCUGCUUGUCUCCUCCCUCAGGGGUGAAUGCUGGAUUGUGCAGGGUGUCUGGGGGAGUGCUAGGGAUCCACUGGAGCAGCGUGAUUGGGCUGGGGUGGCGCCCCCUGGCGAUGGGGAGGGGCAGUGCGGAGUGCUGGCAGACCUGCUGCCUGGAGCCCACGUGCAGUGCCGUGUGGAGCCUCGGGGGGCGCUGUGUGCUGCUCAGCUGCUACCGCAGAGACGGCUGUGCCAUCACUUCACUCCCUCACCCCCACAUUCAGGCUCUGGGGCUCCUCCAGCACAUAUCAAAGGGCACCCCGGCAAGGAGGAGAAUCCGAAGGAUGGCGUCACGGAAAAGGGAUGGGGUCAUACCCCACCAGCAGGGGGCUCAGCCGAGUCACCCUCACCCUGACAUGGGCAUUUCAAAGGACACAGUUAGUCCCACCCCCUCAGUGACUUCAGCCAAUGGCAAGGCUCUUCCCUUGACCUCCAAUCGGACCCAGACCCAACAGACCAAUACGAGCACAGAAGUGGUGGUCCCUCCGCUUGUACAGCAAAACUUGACAUUUUCAGAUGAGACUGUGGAUACCACAUUUUCCAAUAGCAGCAUAACACCAGCUCCCACCGUUCAUGCCCAGACCACACCUACUCAGGCCGUGCGGGAGCUGGUGGUGUCAGCGGGGAAGAGUGUGGAGGUCACAUUGCCACGCAGUGAAGUGGAGCUGAAUGCCUAUGUCCUUCCAGCACUCCCAGAAGGGACAGACUAUGCAUUUGAGUGGCGGUUAAUCACUCAUCCUCAUGACUACAGCGGAGAGAUGGAGGGCAAGCACAGCAAGACGCUCAAACUGAGCAAACUGACCGUGGGGUUGUACGAGUUCGAGGUGCUGGUGGAUGGAGAUGGUGCACAUGGGGAGGGCUAUGUCAACGUCACGGUCAAACCAGAGCCACGUGUAAACAAGCCACCGGUUGCCGUGGUUUCCCCAAAGUUUCAGGAGAUUUCCUUGCCGACGAGUUCCACGGUGAUAGACGGCAGCCAGAGCACGGAUGAUGAUAAGAUCGUUGCGUGGCACUGGGAGGAAGUGAAGGGGCCGCUGAGGGAGGAGAAGGUAUCGGCCGACACGCCCAUCCUCACUCUCACCAACCUGGUGCCCGGAAACUACACUUUCAGCCUGACUGUGACAGACUCAGACGGGGCCCAGAGCUCGACUCAGGCGACGCUGUCUGUGAACAAAGCUGUGGACUACAGGCCGGUGGCCAACGCUGGGCCCAACCAGGUGAUCACUCUGCCGCGCAACUCGAUCACCCUCUACGGAAACCAGAGCACGGACGACCACGAGCACCUGGCCUACGAGUGGUCCCUCAGCCCGGAGAGCAAGGGCAAGGUGGUGGAGAUGCAGGGAGUGAGGACACCGACGCUGCAGCUGUCUGCCAUGCAGGAGGGAGACUACACCUUCCAGCUCACCGUCACCGACUCGGCCGGCCAGCAGAACACAGCCCAGGUCACCGUCAUCGUCCAGCCUGAAAACAACAAGCCCCCCGUGGCGGACGCAGGGCCUGAGAAGGAGCUCACUCUCCCUGUGGACCGCACCACACUGGACGGCAGCAAGAGCAGCGAUGACCAGAGGAUCGCCACCUACCACUGGAGUCAGAGCAAGGGUCCGGAAGGCGUGAAGAUUGAGAAUGCAGACAGCGCGGUCGCCACGGUGACAGGGCUGCAGGUGGGCAGCUACGAGUUCAGCCUGACGGUGACGGACGAGAGGAAGCUGCAGAGCACCGACACGGUCAAAGUCAUCGUCCGCGAAGAGCUGGAUCAGCCUCCAGUGGCCCGGGUCAUAUCCAGCCCUCCCAUCUCCCUGCCCCUCCGGACAGCCACGCUGGACGGCUCGCGGUCCUCAGACGAUAAGGGUGUGGUCAGCUACGUGUGGACCCGCGAUGACAGCAGCCCAGCCGCAGGGGAUGUGCUCAAUAACUCCGACCACCAGCCUGUGCUGUUGCUUAGUAACCUGGUGGAGGGAAAGUACAGCUUCUCCCUGACUGUCACUGACAGCAAGGGACAGAGCAGCACCGACCGAGGGACCGUGGAGGUGCGACCAGACGCGUGGGAGCGGGACCUUGUGGAGCUGGUGCUGGAGGUGGCGGUGUCCCAGGUGUCCCGCCGGCAGAGGGACAUGCUGCUCCGGCAGGUGGGCGUCCUGUUGGGCGUGCUGGACAGCGACAUCAUCGUCCGGGAGGUCAACGCGUUCAACGAGCACAGCACUCGCAUCGUAUUCCUGGUGUCAGGAGGCCCAGGGCGCCCCCCUCUGUCCGGACACAGUGUCGCUGUUGGGCUGCGUAACAAACUGCGCAAACAGAAGAACGACUUCCUGAUCUUCAAGGCCCGACGCGUCGACACUGUUAUCUGCCAGCUGAACUGCUCCAGCCACGGAGAUUGCGACUCCUUCACCAGACGCUGCGUCUGUCACCCCUUCUGGAUGGAGAACUUCAUCAGAGCCCAGCUGGGAGACGCAGAGAGCAACUGUGAGUGGAGUGUUCUCUAUGUCACUAUAGCAUCCUUCAUGAUUGUGGUUGCUAUAGGAACAUUGGUGUGGGGCAUGGUAUGCUGCUGCCGCAGGCGAAAGAGCCGGAUGCGCAGGAAGAGCCGCUACAAGAUGCUGGAGGCUGAUGAGCAGGACAGUCUGGAGCUGCAGCCACAACGAUCCGGCCGCUUGAAGCCGGUCCCCGCCCCCACCUCCUCCUCCCUCAUGCGCUCCGACUCAGACCUGGACAGUGACGAGGGCCGGGGCGGCAGCCCCUGGGCCGAGCGGGAGAGGGGCCAGCUUCUGCGGCCCCAGAACGGUGCCCUGCGCAACGGCCAGGGGCCCCUGAGGGCCAAAAAACAAAGAGAGGAGUUGCUAUAG